ACAGAAAAAUUAAGCCAUAGAAGUUGCGUGUUGUGGACACCCGGGGGGCGUUUCAUGAAAGGACUUGUCGGACGUUUUAUCCGACAAGUCCCAUUUUAUCCGACAACUUUUAUUCGUCCGACAACUUUCCAUUUCAUGAAACUUUGUCGGAUGAAAAAUCCGACAAGUGCUCUAAUUUGAUCCGACAAGUAUCUUGAAUUUGGUCGGUCACCCUUUACCUACCGACAAAUGCCAAUUUCAUCCGACAAGUCAAAAUUUCAUCCGACAAGUCCACUGCACAUGACAACCAAGAUGGCGUUAGUGAAUGCUAUGGUUGGAGCCGCUCUGCAUAGGGAGCGUGUUUUUCGCGACAAAUCCAAUCCUUUUGAACUGUGCGAUGACAGAGAUAUGUUCAGAAAAUAUCGAUUCACCAGAGAUGGUGUAAGCUUCAUUAUUGAUUAUAUUGGAGAUGAAUUGAAACACAAUACUAAAAGGAGUAAUGCACUGACCCCAGCACUGCAAAUUUUUGUAGCACUGAGGUUCUAUGCCACGGGAUCUGUGCUGGAUAGUUCAGCCACUAUCCACGGCUGCAGUAGAUCAACAGCAUCAAGAGUCAUAAGAAGGGUGACACUUGCUUUGUGCUCUAAAAGAGAUGAGUUCAUUAAAUUUCCCUGCACACAAGAAGAAGUGCGUGAUACCCAAAGACGUUUCUUCCUCCUGGCAAGCUUUCCCAACGUGGUUGGGGCUAUUGACGGUACUCAUGUUCGGAUCAAUGGAGUCCCCCUAGGAGCAGCCGAACAUCUCUAUGUAAACAGAAAGGGCUUCUACAGUAUAAAUGUCCAACUAACAUGCAAUGCCCUGUAUGAGAUAACAAGCAUUUCUGCUCGAUGGCCUGGAUCUACGCACGAUAGCAGGAUUUGCAGGACCAGCGUAAUUGCCCAGGCCUUCAGAGAAGGAGCACUAAAUGGAUUGUUGCUGGGGGACUCUGGCUACGGCCUCCAAUCAUGGCUAAUGACACCGGUACCACUGCCAAGAACACGAGGAGAGAGAAGAUACAAUCAAGCUCACAGUUGCACCAGAGUUGUGAUAGAACAAGUCAACGGACAAUUGAAGUCUAAAUUCCGUUGCCUGAUUGGUGGAGGGCUCAACAUGAUUCCAGAACGAGCGAGCGAUGUGAUAACGGCAUGUGCCUGCCUUCAUAACAUAAGCAAGCAGAUGAAGCAGCCAGAGGUUGAACAGGAGAGGGUUGACGACGACGCUGGUGAUGAAGCCAACGACCUCAAUGAAGAGGGGGAUGCCAUGACAGGAAAACAAGUUAGAGAUGACAUCAUUCGUAGUUUUUUUGCAUAAAUCAACUGUCAGUUUGUCAUCCUUUAAAUUUACUUGUACCAAAAUUUAUCUGUCAUCGGUUUUAAUACCAAACUUUUGAGGAAAAGUCCUUUACUAUUGUCUGGUUGCUAUAAAAUUCCUAAUCAUCAAUUGUAAGUUUUCAUUUGAAACCAUAUCUAAUGAAACAAAUUAGAACACAGUACCUUUGUGUGCAUUUAAUGAUAAAUGCAAUUAUUUCCAAUCACUUUCAUUCAAACCGUGAUUGUUCUAACUAUUCCAAAAUUGGUCUUUAUAGUUAUUACUUUCUUUACUCUAUCAAAAUUGUUUAUGGAAUUAUGAUUCAUUCUCUGACACAUUGCCACUAAGUUUGUUAAAUAUUUGCUUCAAUACUUGAACUUUUUCUCUCUCAACCUCUAGUCUCUGCCUCAUUACACCUAGCUUUUCCUUUUCACACUCCAGCAACUCCCACUGAUAAUCUGCUUUCCUUUUUCGCACUUGUCGAAGGUUAGAAUGCUGUGGUUUUUGCCGUCGAUCUUGUUGAUGGUGUUCAUUCAAAGGUUGCACUUGCUGUUGCUGGGUCUGGAGUGACUGGUGUUGUUGUUGGGUCUGGUGCUGUGUCUGGUGUUGUUGCUGUUGUUGCCCUGUCUGGUGUUGUUGCUGUGUCUGGUGUUGUUGCUGUUGUUGCUGCCGCUGCUGCUGUUGUUGAUGCUGCCGUGUUGUCUGAUAUUGCUCUUCCAUGUUAUCAAAGUCUUCCGUAUUCGUUAGCUGAAAUUUAAAUACAGUAAAAUGUUAAUUUUUUUUACCUUUGAAAUACAGAGACUUUUUAAUCAGCAAUGAAAAAACAAAAACUCAUUUAGACUUUGUAAAUAUUUUUCAUUAAUCCAAAAAAAGAUUUAUUACUGUAGAUCAUCGUUAAUAGUGCAUGUAUCAUUAAAUUGAUAUUUUCAUAAGAAUAUUACAAAUAUCAUUUUUUUUGUGUGUCAUUUAAGGUCUAAUUUCAUUACAUCCUUUUUAAGUAAGAAAGCUGUAGAGACUCCAUUUUUCUGUGAUGAAUAAAAUGAAAGAGUUUGAGGAACAUAGAAAGAACAUGCAAAUCUAUUUUUUUUGCAAUUUAAGAAAGUAAACAGAAAAAAAAAUCUGUAUAAUCCUGAAAAUCAUUUCCAAAUC